CGCUGUUCCACUUCGGAGAUAUUUACGUGUCGGACCAGAAAAGCGUGUACAACAACUGAACCACAAGAAGUUAAUCAAUGUAAAGUUUUAAACUGUCCAGUUGUUGUCUUCUGCGAAUGGAGAUGCAGUGCACACUAGUAAGUGUGAAUGGAGCUCGGGUGGAGCUGGAAGAUGGUCGAGCUUUAAUGUUAGGUCGAGGCCCUGAAACCAGAAUCACAGACAAGAAGUGCUCAAGGCAUCAGGUCAAACUUGUGGCCAACUAUGCGAAACAGGAAGUUCUGGUUACGCAGCUGGGGCCCAACCCUUCUUCCCUGGAUGGUCAGUGUUUGGGACGUGGCGAGUCUGGAUGUUUGACAGCUGGUUGCACACUGCAUUUGGUCAAUCAGUCCCACCCGUUUACUGUGGAAUUUGUUGGGAAUUCAAAUGAAAAGUCCUCCUCUCCUCAGAAGAAAGGAAAAGCAGCAAAUGAAAGCACAGACAGACAGAAAAACUCAAAUGAUGGGUCAGGCCCCAAAAGGAGCAUCCAGGAUUAUUUUUCUAAAUCCCCUAAAAAGGCGACAAAACGACCUCACAGCCCAGAGAAUGAUGUCCCUCCCACGAAACGAGGGUGUGGUGGUGAUGAUGAUGAUGAUGAAGAUGAAGAUGAUGAGACCUCAGCUGAAGAAAAGCUUAAGCAGUUACAAGCACUUGCACAGAAAGAGUGUGAUAAGCUGGACUCACCAUCAGUCAAAGCCACUGUUCCAUCUUCCACUUGUUCUCAAAGUCACUGGCAACAAAUCGGCAGCCUUCUGCUGUUCACUGCAGCAGGGGUUCCAGAUAGCUCCAAAAUUGCAGGGUUCGACAUCGACGGCUGCAUUAUCACUACAAAGUCUGGAAAAGUAUUUCCCACAAGUCCAGAUGACUGGAGGAUUCUCUUCCCAGAGAUUCAGCCCAGACUGGCCAGUCUUUUGAAGAAAGGAUACAAGGUGGUGUUUUUCACCAAUCAGAUGGGUAUUUCUAGAGGCAAGCUCAGACCGGAGGUGUUUAAGUCAAAGGUUGAGGAUAUUCUACAGACACUGCAGUUGCCCAUCCAGGUAUUUGCUUCCACAGCCCCUGGUAUAUACAGGAAGCCUGUUAUUGGGAUGUGGGAACAUCUGUGUGAGAAGGCGAAUGGAGGAGUGACUGUAGAUGUGUCACAGAGCUUCUAUGUAGGAGAUGCAGCAGGACGUCCCGCUAACUGGGCACCAGGAAAAAAGAAGAAAGACUUCUCCUGCAGUGACAGACUGUUUGCCCUCAACAUUGGUCUUCAGUUUCACACACCAGAGGAAUACUUCUUGGGCUGGAAGCCCGCUCAGUUCAACUUGCCAGAAUUGGAUCCUAGGAAAUUAGAUUCUAAAAGACAUCUUUACGAUCCUCCAGAUGCCUCCCUCACAUCCACCAAGCAGGAAGUCAUUGUAGCAGUGGGAUUUCCUGGAUCAGGCAAAUCUACGUUCUUCCAGACACACAUCAUUCCACAGGGCUACGCGUAUGUGAACAGGGACAUACUUGGCUCCUGGCAGCAGUGCGUUUCAGCCUGUGAACGCGCUCUAAAGGAAGGCCGACGCGUUGCAGUGGACAACACUAACCCUGACCCUGAGUCUAGAAAAAGAUAUAUAGAUGUCAGUCAAAGCGCUGGAGUUCCCUGCAGGUGUUUCAACUUCACAGCGAGUCUGGAACAAGCAAAGCACAACAACAGGUUUCGUGAGAUGUUUCCUUCUGCCAUCAAGCAUGUUCCUGUCAAUGACAUGGUGAUUCACAGCUACAAGAAAAAGUUUGUGGCACCCAGUUUGUCUGAGGGCUUCUCUGAAAUCCUGCAGAUUAAUUUUGUGCCGAGUUUCAGUGAAAAAAGAUCAGAGUUCCUCUUCAGGCAGUUCUCUGAGGGCUAAGCGUGAAGUUGAGCAAAAAAGAUAAAGAAAAAAGGCCUACCGACUAAAAUUGACAAUUCGUUUAGUCUUUUUACCUUGCAAUAAGAGGAAAUCAGAAGAAUUCUAGAACAAUUGACAAUACAACACUUAUUUAAAUGUGUGUUAUACUGUCUCAUCCACUUAGGUUUACACCUGUCUUUAAUUUGUUGCUUUUUAAAUGUGUUGUUGGGGAAACUUAUUCAUAGCUGCUAAAAUUGACCUGCUGUUAUGAAGACUGACUUAUUAAACAGGUUUCAUAAAUUGAGGAAACAAUUGCUUGUUUCAGAUUGUGUCAGACUGAAUAAAUACAAUUAACA